ACUCGCAGUUUCUGACUCUGCUGCAAGCUGUCCCUUCUCCUCAUCUACCCUUGAGAAAGAAGAACAUCCGACCUCCGAACAAUAUCCGAUCAGUUUCUCGGAUCUCAGUAGUUGAUCCAAUCCGAUUCCGACAAUGAACGACGCCGAUGUAUCCAGGCAGAUCCAGCAGAUGGUCCGUUUCAUCCGCCAGGAAGCGGAGGAGAAGGCCAAUGAGAUUUCCGUCUCAGCCGAAGAAGAAUUCAACAUUGAGAAGCUGCAACUAGUGGAAGCGGAGAAGAAGAAGAUCAGACAAGAGUAUGAGCGCAAAGAGAAGCAAGUCGAUGUCCGUAAGAAAAUUGAGUACUCUAUGCAGCUCAAUGCGUCUCGGAUUAAGGUCCUUCAAGCUCAAGAUGACUUGGUUAACUCUAUGAAAGAUGCAGCAUCAAAGGAGCUUUUGCAUGUCAGUCACAACCACCAUAACUAUAAGAAGCUUCUGCAUGAUCUUAUUGUUCAGAGUUUGCUCAAACUCAAAGAGCCUUCUGUCUUGUUGCGUUGCCGGGAAAAUGAUGUAGAAUUGGUAGCAGAUGUCUUGCACUCAGCAAAGGAGGAAUAUGCAGCAAAGGCGGGGGUCCACCCACCUGAGGUCAUUAUUGACAACAUCCACCUGCCACCUGCUCCUUCCCAUCAUGGUGCACAUGGUCUUUUCUGCUCUGGAGGAGUGGUUUUGGCUUCCCGAGAUGGAAAAAUUGUGUGUGAAAACACUCUUGAUGCUAGAUUGGAAGUUCUGUUCCGUAAAAAACUUCCAGAGAUCCGCAAGCUGCUAUUUGGGCAAGCUGGAGCCUGUUAGAUUUGAGUUUCUUGUUCUUAGCUUCUUUCAGUUCUUGCCUUCCAUAUCGUGAAGCUGGGGGCAAUGACCACAUAAAUUAUCAGCUUGUGUUACUUAUGUUUGCUGCUUCCACCCCCCAAGUCUUUCUUGUGCUAGUAAAGGUUACCCUUUAUGCAGCUUUACAUAAUUAUUUGAUUGUGGCAUUAGUGCAUAACUUGAGUAUCAUAUUGUUUCGAGCUCCUAGAUUUUUAUGGUAUUAAAUAUCUCAAUAAGUUUGGUACAAUGAGACAAAGAUAUAAUAAGAGAACUGAGUCAUCUUUUUAAA